AUGGAGGUCGUAAGCCAAGACGGAACCCGGAUCCGGAUUGACCCGGGUCAAACCCGGGAACUCGGCCGAACCCACGGACUCAGCUCCGUCGACAAAACCAUUUCCCGGCGCCAAAUCUCGUUCUCUAUCCUUCUAGCCCCAAACGUUGGACAAGAAACUCUCCUUCAGUUCGAAGUCCUCGGCAGAAACCCCAUCUACGUGAGCCAAGGCGGUGGAGUCAAAAUUUUCAGAAGAUUCGAGAGGGGAGAGAUGCGCGACGGCGAUAUGUUCUGCGUUUCAGCCAAGAAUCCCGUUUGGUACGCUAUAAGGAAAAUUGAUAAUGGUGACGUGGGAGGUGCUCGACGAAAUGACCCAGAGAACGAAUUGGGCGCCAAUUUGGAGAGUGUUUUCGACUCGAGGGGGUUCGAAGAUAUGGUUCAAUCAGCUGUGGAUGUUUUGGGUUUGGAUCCUGUCAAAGAAUUUGGUUUCCUGGCAAUAGGGCAUGAGUUUGAUUCCUAUCCGGUGAAAAUGAUUCGCGAUAUCAAGCAAUGGGAUUGGUUUCUUGAGGAAGCAAAAAAGGAUAUUGAUGAUGAAGACGAAGAUGAGGGUAAAACAGAGAAAAGAAGCUCGAGAAGGAAAAGGAAGAAAGGCACCGAGAAUGAUGAUGAGGAUUGGUCAGCGGAAAGUGAAGAUGACAAAGUUAUAGUUCACAAAUCAAGAAAAAGUCAGAAGCCUAAAUACAUGACAAGGUCAAAGGACAGAGGGAAAAAUAGUAAAAAAGAAGAUGGAAGCAAGAGAAAAAGCCCGACUGUGAAAGAAACAAGAGAGAUUGAUGAUGAUGAAGAGGAUGAGGAUGAGGAUGAUGAGACGUUGGGUGGUUUUAUUGUCGAUGAUGAAAACUUGGAGGAUGAGGAAGAAAUUCGGGACGAAGAGGAAGAUGAAAUUGAAGAAGAAGAAUUAGUUGAUGAAGAUGAAGAUGAUGAAGAUAAUGAAGAUGAAUGA